AUGAUGCGGUACCUAGGAUUAGGAAAAACCUUGGCUGAGGCUUGUGGCAAGGGGGGGCUGCAGUAUCGUCAUUUUUCAUCCGCAAGCGAGAAAGUUGGCACCAAAAUUGGUGAAUACGGCAUUAGAGGGGCGUUUUGUGCUGCUGGAUACGUGAUCGGUGGUAUAACAUCAAGCCCCGUCGCGAAGCAAACUCAGGAAGAUGGAGAGACGGCAGUGAAAAUAUUGCAGCGGUUGGAUGAACGCGAAGCCGUCUUGAAGGCAUUUCUGGAAAAACAAGAGUAA